CGAGUACACACCUCGAGAAUCGAAAGGACGAAGAACAUGUCUCCAAACGUAACUUGUGACCCUCUGCCAUCAUUUUCUCCGAGGCCCACCGUGGCCAAAAGAAAAGAAGCCCAUGAGCUCAGAAAGACGAUGAAACCGUUGGUGGAAAAAAGAAGGCGCGCACGCAUCAACGACAGCCUGAAUCACUUGAAAGAGCUGAUUGUGCCACUCACCGGCAAAGAUAAGAGUCGUAACUCAAAGCUGGAGAAAGCAGACAUCCUGGAGAUGACUGUGCGGUUCCUCAGUGACAUCCCCCCUGUCCAAAACAAACAUUCCACAGAUAGUUACAAAGAGGGCUACCAAGCUUGCCUCCAGCGCGUCUCUGCGCUCCUUCCCAAAAGCGGCCUCGAGCCCGACGCCGCCCGGCAGGUGACCGACUUCAUCCAGCGGUCCAUGGUGGCCAACGUCAACCGGCAAUGCCUCAACUGCUGCGGCCAGAGCUCCGCGGCACACAUCCAGCAGAGACUCCUUAGGCUCAAGUCCAGCCUGGGCCCCAAACCAGAGAGCGCGCUGCCCCCGGGCAGAGCUCGCUCAGUUCCACAGCACAACAGCGCCCCCAUGUGGAGACCCUGGUAGAUUAUUCAACGCAAGUCUUAAGAAGCGUCCCGAGCAUGUGUCCAUACAUAAAUAUAUACAGUACAUGUUUUUAUGACUUGUCCACAAUUAAGAUUUACGAUAAAUCGACUUAGCCGAGUAUUGUAUACUUUACCUUUUGCGUACGCGUCGGUUGUCCUGUAUAAGUUGACAAAUCUAGACUGUCGUAUUUUGUUAAAACUCCGCAUGUAUGUUUUACGUUGGGUAUUUGGUCUGCCUUGAGGACUGAAUGAUUUAAGGGCUAUUGGACCAGCCCUGUAAGACCCUAUGGGUCACUCUUAGUGAAUUUGCACUGUAUGACUUCAUGGUUCUGAAUCUGUGCAGAUUGAUUUGGUGGACAUGUUUUGUGUCACUGCAAGUAUCUCUGUUGGGAUGUUUAUUUUCGCAAUUUUCAGCGAAUUAUGUAUUUAAUGUACAUAUAUGAAAACAAUAAAACUGCGACGUCGUGGUAA